AUGAAAGAAAAUUACAUAAAACUGAAUUGGAUGAAGCAUAAAGUGAGACGACUUCGCCGUCGUUCGGCCAUUUUAGCACUUUCCAUUCUUCCCUUUCAGCAUCCUGUCUAUGAAAGUAAACAUUCGAUUCCCAGUCAUCAUUUUAAAUUCUCAGAAAAGAGCUAUACAUGCCUUUGCUAUUUAUUACGUGAUUCUAUUGAAAAUGGAGAAUACCAAACAAUUGGAGUGAAGAGAAUUGUAGAAAAUGCUUUGAAUGUGUUAACUUCAUCGGGUGAUAACCAUUUAGAACUUGAAAAUCCAGAAGAACUGCUAGUUUAUUUCUGUAGAUUAGUUGUCGAGAAUCUCGGCCAAAAAUUCAUUCAAUUUCCAAAAAAUGGUGAAAGUUUCGACAACAUCUUGAAAGGUUUCGAAGAAUUUGGUUUUCCGCAGUGUUUCGGCGUCGUCGGCAUCCGUCGCUUUCCGACUAACGUCGAAGACUGCAAUAAUUUUACGCUUUUUGCUGUUUGUGAUUAUGCUAAUCGUUUCUUCCACAUUGAAAUUAACUCGAAUUCGAAUCGUACCAACGAACAAAUAUACGAUAGUUCUAAUCUGAAUGAUAUCUUGGCUCAAGAAAAUGUAAGCAACAUUAUUAAAGACAGAGAUGUAAUAGUUUCCCCCUGCUUAAUAGCAGAUAAUAGUUUUCCCCUCAAAGGAAAUUUAAUAACUCCUUAUAAAACAAGUAAUUUAAACGAACAGCAAGAAUUAUUUAAUCAGAAAUUAAAUGUCAUUCAAGAUAUUAUGAAGAAAACUUUUGCAAAACUAAAAUCGAGAUUUGUGUGUUUGAGCAGUGACGGAAUUGAUGAAAUGUUGAUUCAUACCUGUUGCAUCUUGCAUAAUAUCUGUGAAAUAUUAGGUGAUACAACAGAAGAUUAUUGGUUAUUAGAAAAUGAGUAUGAUGAAUGGGAUGAAGUUUCGAACACAGAAAGUCCAGAAGCACUAAUUACUAGAGAGAGUUUUUUACAACUUUUAUGUAAUUAA